AGCCCCGGGCGGUGGUCACGUAGCUCAGGUUCCUGGUCCGCAGGCGGUGCGUGUUUCAGUCGGCUGCUUUGCGCGGUGUCCGCUGUUCCUCCGUCAUCAUGCCGAUGUUCGUGGUGAACACCAACGUGCCCCGCGCCUCCGUGCCAGCAGGGCUCCUCUCCGAGCUCACCCAGCAGCUGGCGCAGGCCACGGGCAAGCCGGCUCAGUACAUCGCGGUGCACGUGGUCCCGGACCAGCUCAUGGUCUUCGGUGGCUCGAGCGAGCCGUGCGCCCUCUGCAGCCUGCACAGCAUCGGCAAGAUCGGCGGCACACAGAACCGGUCCUACAGCAAGCUGCUGUGCGGCCUGCUGACCGAGCGCCUGCGCAUCAGCCCGGACAGGAUCUACAUCAACUACUACGACAUGAACGCGGCCAACGUGGGCUGGAAUGGCUCCACCUUCGCUUGAGGGCCGUGUCGCCCCGACCCGCCUGCACCAGGCCCCGCCGCCGGCAGUAUUCUGCCCACCCGGCCCCCAGCGACCCCCACCUCCCGGUGGGGAGAAAUAAACGGUUUGGAGACCA